AUGUUAGUAGGAAAGGGAGAUAGGUAUAUAUAUAGACCAAUUACACUGCCAAAUGGAAUAAGAGUACUGCUAUCACAUGAUCCAGCCGCUGAUAAGGCAGCGGUUGCGAUGUCUGUGAAAGUUGGCAGUUAUUCUGAUCCAAUUGAGCACAUGGGCAUGGCACACUUUCUUGAGCACAUGCUGUUUAUGGGGACAGAGGAGUACCCUGAUGAAAAUGCAUAUAUGGAAUAUAUUCACAUGAAUGGGGGAAACAGCAAUGCAAACACUGCGGACGAGGUAACAAAUUAUUUCUAUGACAUAGACCCUGUACGGCUAAGAAAAAGUAUGGAAAUGUUUAGUGGGUUCUUUAAGUCUCCUUUGAUACGAGAAGAUGCGCUGACAAGAGAGCUGCAGGCUGUGAACAGUGAAUAUAGUGUUAAUAUCCUGGCAGAGAUCUGGAGGAGGUAUCACUUGUUCACGCUUAUUGCAAAGAAGGACUCGCCCACUGGCAAGUUUAACAUAGGAUCAUCUGAAACGCUCGCUUCAACCACUAGAGAGGACUUAAUGAAUUUCUGGAAGUGCUUUUAUCGGCCGGAAAGAAUGUGCCUGGCCGUACACGGAAGCGAGCCUUUGGACGUGCUGGAGAAAUGGGUAAAUGAGUGCUUUUCAGACAUUAAGCCAUAUGAAGCUGAGUAUUCAUGGAGCGACAAAAUGUAUCUGCCUCCAAUCUGCCAGAAAAAGGGUGAUUUAGACUAUCGUGUGUUUAACGAGGAGGUAGAGAACAAGGUGAUUCUAUACCGGCCUGCUGUGAAUCUUAACACAGAGCAUUGUACAAUGACUAUUAGUAUAGUGCUUCCUGAGUCUAUCACAAAUUACCGAAAUAAAACAUGCGUGUACAUUGAUGAACUAUUAAAUGGAACCGGGCACUCUGGCCUGGUUGGUACGCUUCUUAAAGAGGGAAUAGCAACAAAAAUGACAGCUUGUUUGGAUGAAACUUCUAUAAACACGACAAUUCAGAUAGUUAUUGAGCUGGUAGAUGACAAUAGAUCACAAAUAUCUGUUAUACGAGAUUUGGUGCACCAUUAUCUGGAAAUGAUCAAAACCAAUGCAACUAGUGAGCUAUACAAUGUGUUUAAAACCAUUAGUGAAAAGGAAUUUGAUGCAAAUGAGUCAAUUGAGCCUCUUGAGCUAGUUGAGCAUGCAACAAAAACCAUGCAGUUUUACCCUACUGAGGAGUUUCUGCGGCAUGAGCAUAUAUGGGAUGGGUUUAAUAAAGAAGAGUUUGACCAGAUAAUAGGCAUCAUGCUAGACAAAAGCAAGUGGGUAAUUAUGUACCAGGCUAAGAAUGUGCAUGAUCCAGAAAACAUAAUUGUGGAUAAGUUCUAUGGAAUUAACUAUCUAAUUGAUGUUAUUCCAGAAGAGAAUGUACAGCUGCUUAGUGAGCUAAAAAGUAAGAUAGAGUGGUCUUUCAAUGUGCCAGAAGAAAAGGAUCUGUCUGAGGCAAGAAAAGACAGUGUGUCAGUUAGUCUAGGGUGUAUUCCUAAGAACAUACCAGAAUAUCCGGAUGAAGCGGCAGCAAUUAUGUGCAAGGACAUAUGUCAGCAAGGGUGCUCUGGGUAUUUGGUACACAAUCCAAAAUAUAGAAAAAAUGCAGAGAUAAAGCUUAUUUUGGAGACAGAUGAGCAUUUGGCAGAUGAAAAGACGUAUGCAGCAGCAAUUGGGUAUUUCAGGGCCUUUGUUAAGAUAUUCAAUGAGAAGUAUAAAUUUGGCAUGAUGGCAUCUAUUGUUACAUUAGGAACAUGUGAGUCUGUGUACGGAUUCGGUGUUAAAUUCAACGGUACGCCUGUAAUUAUUGAGGAUCUGGUUGAAAGAUUCUUUAACGAAUACACUGCCAGAGACACCCAGCUAUUCAGCUUAGCAAAAGAAUCUGCACUCUCUUGCUUUUUACACGAGGCCAGGCAGUCUCCAUAUAAAAGCACUGUAGCAGGAAUUAGCUACUUAGCUGGGUAUCCAAAAUUUGACGUGUAUAAACUUAUGCAGGCGGCUAAAGAGCUUCUUCCAGAUGAUCUUGUUGUUAUAAGCAAAGCUCAGGUGAAAGUACUUGGGGUGGGAAAUAUAACAGAAAAAGAGUUUGAGCAUAUAAUAGCCCGUAUAGGUAAGUACAUUACAUUUGCACCGCACGAAUUCUCAUUUACACCAAAGGAGGAGAAACUACUUCUGCCUACUGUUGACCUGCAGAAUAUUGCAGUUACAAUUGUGCACCGAGUGGUUUUAGACAGCCUUCUGCAGUCUAUAGCCACUGGUGUACUUCUAGCACAGAUAUUCUCUGAAAAGUUCUUUGAUGAGCUAAGAACAAAGGAAGAGUAUGGAUACAUUGUGUUUAUGUCGUAUAAAAUAUGCAUGAAAAAAGUUUAUGUGCACUUUACAGUUCAAAGCACCCGAACUCUUGAUAAUGUAACUGCAAGAAUAGAAGAAUUUAUUGGGCUUGUGGAAAGCCGACUUGCCGCUAUAUCUGAUGAUGAGUAUACAACCCACAAGAAUAGUGCUAUACUAGCCAUUAAAGAGGAGGCCAUUAAUUUGGAAGAUUACUCUCAAGAGCUAUUCCGAUAUUGGCAGGAUAUGGGAUUCAAUUUAGAAAACAAAGAGAUUAUUUCUAAAGAAAUUCAAAAAAUAUCAAAAGAAAACAUAACAGAAUAUUCUAAGAAUAUGUCAAAUCGCAUAAUAAUACAGGCAACAAAGCCCUAAUUGUAGUUUUGUGUGUGCUUUAAAUACUUUAGAAUAAAUCUGCAUAUACUGC